AAAUAGAAUAAUAGAAUAAUUGGAGAGGCGCUGGAAAGGGUUGGGAGGAAACGGCGCGGCGCAGAUCACGGGAUAAGAGGGGAUCACCGCAUCAGGCAAUUGGAUGCAUAACAACAAUAUUAAUAUUAAUCAAUAUGAUUAUAUUAGUUGGUCGGGAAGUUCAGUUUGAGUGGGGAAGAUGUUAGAUGAGUAUCUUCCUCAAAAGCCAGUUGAGUGAUGGUGUCGAGAUGAGAAGAUGGAGGAGAAAGAGAGAGGAAGAAGAGAAAGAUAGAAGAAGAGGAGUAGGGUUGGAGAAAAAGAGAGUGAGAGGGGCAUCCACGAGCACUUCUUCUUCUUCGGCUUCUUCUGCUCUUCUUCUUUUGCUGCUUCUUCUCUCGCCGCUUUCUAAAUAUAGCCUCUUGGCAUCACACCGCAUCGGUCAGCAUCUUUCACUACUGUCUCAAUCAGCUUCUUUCCAGUCUCUCCCUUACACUCUCACUCUCUCACUCAGUUCCAGAACCCCAAAGAAUCCCCCCGCCCUACCAUGGUUGGCUCCGUCAGGCGUCCCCUCUUCGGCCGAAUUCCAUGGUUCGGUAGCCCGUCAGUCAGCCUGCCAGAACACUGGAUCCCAUGGUUGAUGAGCAACCAACGAUGAUGUCAACCUCACCAACUAAACAAAGGGAAACAAUCGCAGGCAUGAAAAGGACCUGUCUAGCACUACCCA